AAUCCGGGAAACGCGUGGAUCGGAGCACGUCCUCUGCUGCAGCCUGCAGCUAGAUAUUUCCUCUUUCGUGCAUCUCUCAGUGAGCCUCCCGAGCUUCAGACUCAGACAGAGCGACCGGAGGAAAGCCAGUCGAUACGCGAUGCAGAAACGCGCGGUGGUGGUGAGCGCGGCGGCCGCCGUGCUCGGCCUCGCCGCGGCCGUCCUGGGGUUCGCCGCGGAGUAUUUCAAGCACAAGGCUUUCGUGGGCUCCGACGCGUUCCGCUGCGAGUACCGGCGCACGCCGGCGUUCGGCUGCGGCAUCGCCGCCGCGCUGCUUUCGCUGGCCGGGGUGGCGCUCGUCACCGCGGCCAGCGGCUGCUUCGGCCGCUUCGGAGCCGCCGUCGCGCCCGCGCCCGCUCGUGGCACCGUCAGGAAGGUGUGCGCGGCGCUCGCGUGGUUGCUGGCGGCGGCGGCGGCGGCGAUGUUCACGUACGGCGCAUCGCGAAACGCGGGAGGGACGGGAGGCUUCACCGCGGUCCGGCGGCGGCCCGGGCGCAGCAGCGACGGCCGCGACUUCGACUUCGUCUGCACCGAGCUCAGGGACGGAGUCUUCGUAUCGGCGUCGCUCGCGGCCGCCGCCGGCAUCGCCUGCGCGAUCGCGGCCUACGUCGACGCCCUCCGGCAGAGGGACCAGAUGGCCACGCUGGGCGUCGCGCUGGGGCAGCCGCAGUGGUCCUCGCAGCCACCACACCCGGCUCCCGUGGCUUACCCUCCGUACGGUGGCUACGGCGGCAAGCAACCUGCAGGGGCAGCGUGAGCUUGAUCGAUGACGUCGGCUCCAGCGUGUGCUUGCUUUCUGCGGCGAUGUGCGCCACUAGGGAGUAAAACGAUUGUGCAUGGCCGUGUUUGGUUUUCUACAAAAGAAUCUAGAACGCGUCUUCUACACUUUGCAUGAAGGUCUAAAUGAAGUAUAUUUGCAAAACCUUUUCAGGAAUGGAUUUAAUUUUUCGCGACGAA